AUGCUGCGGCGGGCUGUUGUUGCCCUUCGACGGGACGCGCUUAACGGCGGCAGCUCGAUGACUCUGGGCUCAAAGGGAAUGAAACUUUCCCCGGAUCCUCACCGCAGGCGCAUGCCGUGGACGGCCGCAAAGGAGUAUGUGCCCGGUGUUGUUCUUAACGCCAAGGAAAAGAUGGUGCUGGAUGGCGUACAACUGGUGGAUGUGGAGUGCGUUGACCGUGCAUCGCAGGUGGAUCCGCUGGAGGCAUUGCGGGCGACCGUGGCCACGUACGAGUACAAUACAUCCACCGGAAAGAACAUUUUCCAAUUGGCCUCUCAGGUGGAAUUUGAUGGCCGCGGGCAGCGGUUCUACCGCAAGGAGUGGCAGGAGGGGACGUACGACAAGUAUGUCACCCUUUCCGCCAUUGAUUUUAAUCGCGAUGGAAAUAAGGGAACUGCUUACGGUUACGUGACGUUUCACGGCGAAACCACGACAAGACCGGUGCAAAUAGACUUUGCGGAUGUUCCGGGGUGGCACAUGGAGUUUCGGGUGGAACGUGCUGUUCCUUUUAACGCGAUCGUUCCCCCACCCCCCAGUAUCGGUACAGACGUCCCUGUCGAUCCGCGUUCCU